GUUUAUGUGUUAUUCCAUUAGGAACUGGCCUAACUAUGAAAUCAGCUCUUGAUCAUACUGGCUCUCAUAUCAUGAAGGAGGGGCGGGCUAGAUUUUCAACUUCCUUUAUCGAAGAAUGGCUUAGUAGCACGUAUGAUAUGGCAACAAUAUUUGAAAGAUUUAAAAAACGAUAUACCGAUCCAAACCAUAAUGAAAGCAUUAUGGUUAGGAUAAUUCAAAGAACCAAUAGUGAAUUUGUUCGAAAGGGAGUAGGAAAUACUUUAUUAAAAAAUGGGAGUGGUGAUAUUGACAUGAUAUCAUUAUUAGAAAGGAUAGUGUUAAAAACGUUAUAUACCGGUUCUAAAAUAACUCUCGUACAAAAAAGUACGUUAGAGCUAUUUGAAUGUGGUGUCGCAUUAUUAGAACGAGACGACAAAUCGGGUGAAUUUCAAAAUCUUGAAAUUGAUGAUCCGUCAUUCGACAAUACAGUUGAAGAUUGGGUUGCAAUAAUCGAUGCAAAUAAAUGCAAUUUAAUUUUUGAUGAACAUAUUAAAAUACUCAAAGAUUUAAAAAAUCCUAAGAGAAAAGUAAUGGAUAAUAAUAGCGUAGAA